ACCUCUCUCUCUCUCUCUACCUACCUACCUGACCUUCGCCUCAGCACUUCUCCUCUCCUCCCUUCCUCUCUCUCUCCUCCCUUCCCCUACCCUCCUCUCCGCUCCGCUCCGCUCCUCGUUAUUCCCUUCUUCCGCCCGUCUGCGACGGUGUCUUGACGACGAGUCCGACAGCCAGUGCAUGCCCGCAUGCAGGCCACGGGAGCGGUUCCAUCAUUGCCACGCGUUCCGCUCGACUUUCCCUCCUAGUCGUGGCUGAGCGCACCAAGCGUCUUUCUACCUUUAGAACUACCCUACUAGGGAGAACUAGCCCGCUUGACGCAUGGUAUUGGCCGACGACGACCUUCAUCCACCUUAGCCAAUACACGCGAGACGAUUUAUCCUUCCUUGGGCCGAACCAUAGAAUACCUCAGGUACUAAGCUUACCUACCUACUACACUACCUACCUACCUACCUACCCUACCUACCCUACCUACCUACCUGACUUUGCCUCACGGACCUACUCUCUCCUACGGCCGCCGUCUCACUUGCUGUGCCUGCUUGCUGCCGCUCUGUGAGCUUCACAACCUACCUAGUGGCCUGUCCGUCUGUGCCUGGGAAUCUUCUUCGCCCUUCCUCACCACUUCCACCACACCCCACCACCACCUGCUCGACCCUCCCGCAGCCGCUGCGCACGUGUUCGUCCCGCUACUGCACACCCGAACGAGCGAGUCAGAGAGCGAGCGAGCAAGCAAGCAAGCCUUGCUGUGUUCUCUCUACGGAAGUCGAGCCACUGAGCUCGUCCAUUCCUCGCCCUUCCGCCAGUCCGUGCGAAACCACUUUCUCUGUGGAGCCUCACGUGCUUGUGCGUGAACAAGCCCCACCUUAGCCUACCGACGACACGAGACAGAGAGCACAACAGAGACAUCACAAGAUCGAGGGGCACCGAACGCGAGAGAUAGCGCUUCUUCUUCCUUUCGCCCGCCGCGGGCCUCGAAUACCAUCACCAUGGAAGAUGGCGCGGCUACGCAAGAGAUCUAUCGCCGGAUAGAGCGCGAGAAGAAGCUCAUCCAAGCGGCGACUCAGAUGCGACAAGCCACCGGGAACGCCCAAGUCGUGUCCAAGGCAGAUUCAGAGAUUCGCGAAGCAAGACGCAACAUACAGUAUUUUGAGCAGAAGCUCAAUGACCUUCGCGACCGCAAUGUGGGUAACAGCAUGGGAAACCUGUCUCUUGCGGGGAAUGGUGGGCCACCCACGCCUUCACAUGGCCGUGGAGGCUCAUCUGGUUCGGGAUACAACAAUGAACAAGGUCAUGGCGGGGUCGCGGACUACGGCAAUCCAGGGCCGGGUGGCUAUAGCAUGGGCGGUGCUCCUGGUCUCAUGCCUCCACGAGCACCAUAUGCUCCACCUGGACCCGGAGACCGAUCACCCCGAGCUCGACCAAACUAUAGCAAAUUGGAUCUGAUCAAGUACGACACACCUCAUCUCGGACCGCGCAUUCAGCUCAUGCUGUCGCAGCUCGAAUUCAAGCUGUCGGUCGAAAAGCAGUAUAAAGAUGGUGUGGAGAAGAUGGUUAAGCUGUACGAGAUGGCCGGCGAUCGCAGAAGUCGAGGCGAGGCUGAACUCAGACGUAUGGAAAGCAACCAAAAGAUUCAGCUCUUGACCCGGGCGUUGCGAAGAUACGAAGACUUGCAUGUGGAUGUCGAAAAUGGCGCCGAUGCUGCUGACGACGACAGUCUGGACACACCCAGUCAACGGAAGCCGCUCACAGGACACAUGUCAGUCCGGAUACACGCCAUUGACAAUGUGGACCAUGCAGCUUCGGGUCGUUUUAGUAGAGGACCGGACACUUUUGUUGUCAUGAAGGUCGAAGAUGCACUCAAGGGAAGAACAAAGGCCACCAAAACUGACCGGUGGACGGACGAGAACCAUGAAUUUGAUGUGGAUAAGGCGAAUGAGAUUGAGUUCACAGUGUACGACAAGUCGAGCGGCGAUCAUCCUAUUCCGGUCGGAUUCCUCUGGAUUCGUUUGUCAGACCUGGUUGAUGAAAUACGAAGAAAGAGAAUAGAGACCGAGUUCAACCAAGCAGGUUGGAAAACUGCUGAUCAAAUGGACGGCUCGACACCUCGACCGGACUUACAGUUCUCUCCUCCUCCCAGCUCCUCCCAUGGCGUGGGGGCUCCAGGUGGGGGCUCUUUGGGCGCGUCUGCAGCAGGAGGGCCCGCAGGUGCUGGCCUGGCGCCGCAGACGGGACCUGUCUACAUCGAUGCCUGGUUCACACUGGAGCCAGUCGGCAAGAUUCAUUUGACCGUUAGCUUCAUCAAACAGGUCAAAGAUCGGCGACCUUUCGAUGUGGGUCUGAACCGUAAGGGAGCUGUUCGUCAAAAGAAGGAGGAUGUGGUGGUGCAGUACGGUCACAAAUUCGUUGUGCAAACGUUCUAUAACAUCAUGAGAUGCGCACUUUGCGGCGACUUUUUGAAAUACACUGCUGGGAUGCAAUGUGCCGACUGCAAGUAUACCUGUCACAAGAACUGUUACCCUAAAGUGGUGACGAAAUGUAUCAGCAAGUCGAACUCGGAGACGGAUCCGGACGAGGAGAAGAUCAAUCACCGCAUUCCGCACCGUUUCGAUGCUUUCUCCAACAUGGGUGCCAAUUGGUGCUGCCACUGUGGUUAUAUGUUGCCUAUAGGAAGGCGGCAGGCGAGGAGGUGUACAGAGUGUAAGCUUACCACUCACGCGAAUUGCGUGCACUUCGUCCCCGACUUCUGCGGCAUGGAUAUGAAGACUGCGAACGAGAUUUUGGCUGCAUUGAAGGAGAAGAAGAAGGCAGUGGACACCGCAAAGGGACACGGCAGGCCGAUGCUUGAUACACUGAGAGCACCAGGCAAGCAGACAGGUGGCAGGCCCACGCCACCACCACAAAAUGCCAGCUAUAUGCCAACCCCUGGUCAUCAGGACCAAGUGGCCCAGAAGGAGCAGGAACGGCUGGCUGGAGACAGGUUCUCCUACGGCAAAGAUCGCAUGUCCGACUCAUACGAUCAGCCACCUCGAACAUCAUCCUUUGGUGCUCCAGGGGCAGAUCUUGGCUCCGCCAGUGGCCAAGUGCCUUCAUCACCAGAGAGUGCACAUCGACCCCCUGCUCAACGGACGCAGUCUUCGCAAUCGACUGCUGCUGCUGCCGCUGCCGCUGCCGCUACUGCUGCUAUGUCAGGGAAGCGAAGUUCUGGCAAUGAGCGACCAGGUUAUGGUCGAGGAGCAACGGAUUCUUACGCUCAACAGCAACGAGGGUCAGGAGGCAGCUAUGCGGAUGGCUAUGCGGAGAGCAAGCGUCUUCCGCCACAGCCUGGUCAGCAACAAUCAACAUACAACCCUGCUGACUAUGCUGCUGUUGCCGGCUAUUCUUCCGGUCCGCCGUAUCAGCAAGCAGUCUCACCACCGCCACAGCCACCGGCAAAGACCUAUGCACAGCAAGUCCCUCAAGUCCAAGCACCGGUGGCGGCGCCUGCACGAGCUCAAUCGCCUUCUGUUGCGCCUACGCCAAGUGUCUCGGUCACAGAGCCCGUGGUCGAACAGCGAAAGCCGGCCCCUCCAGCUAAUACUGCCGGUACUGGGCGUCGCAUUGGACUUGACCAUUUCAACUUCCUCGCAGUUCUUGGUAAAGGUAACUUUGGAAAGGUGAUGCUUGCGGAGACCAAGACCUCGAAGCAACUCUACGCCAUCAAGGUGCUCAAGAAAGAAUUCAUCAUAGAGAAUGACGAAGUGGAGAGUACGCGGUCCGAGAAGCGCGUGUUCCUGAUUGCGAACAAAGAGCGUCAUCCGUUCUUACUCAACCUGCAUGCUUGUUUCCAGACCGAGACUCGCAUAUAUUUCGUCAUGGAGUACAUCAGUGGAGGUGAUCUGAUGUUGCACAUUCAACGCGGACAAUUCGGCACCAAACGAGCGCAGUUUUACGCUGCAGAAGUGUGCUUGGCCCUCAAGUACUUCCAUGAGAAUGGUGUCAUCUACCGUGAUCUGAAGCUGGACAACAUUCUGCUUACGCUGGAUGGUCACAUCAAGAUUGCAGACUACGGUCUUUGCAAAGAAGACAUGUGGUACGGGUCGACGACAAGUACAUUCUGUGGUACACCGGAGUUCAUGGCGCCAGAAAUUCUACUGGACAAGAAAUAUGGCCGUGCCGUCGACUGGUGGGCAUUUGGUGUGCUAAUCUACCAAAUGUUGCUUCAGCAAUCCCCGUUCCGAGGAGAAGACGAGGACGAAAUUUACGAUGCCAUCCUGGCAGACGAGCCUCUGUAUCCGAUCCACAUGCCGAGAGAUAGUGUCUCGAUCCUCCAGAAGUUGUUGACACGCGAGCCGGAACUGCGACUGGGAUCUGGUCCUACUGACGCGCAAGAGAUCAUGUCUCAUGCUUUCUUCAGAAAUGUGAACUGGGAAGAUGUGUACUACAAGCGUGUAACACCACCUUUUAUGCCGACGGUGAAGAGCAGGGCAGACACCAGUAAUUUCGACUCGGAGUUUACUAGUGUUACUCCCGUCCUGACGCCGGUACAGAGUGUCCUGUCGCAAGCGAUGCAAGAGGAAUUCCGCGGCUUCUCGUACUCGGCAGACUUUGCUUAGCGUGCUAAUCUGAACGAUAUGGAGGAGCAAGACACGAACAGUGCCUUGCAUGCAGACCGUGCUGCGAUACCCAGGAUAACGUUACUGUCACCAGGUCAUACUGUGCCUCGCGACCGGGUAGAUCGUGCGCCAGAGCAGGUGUGAUGAGAGAGGGCAAGCAACACGACAGCGCGACAGGGUGGAAGGUGAAGGUCGAUAAAGGAGCUGUCGAUGAAAUGACGAUGAUGUGGCUGUAUGCAAUGCCAAGCGAUAGAGAGAGAGAGAACAUGUACUACCUUGACAGUUAAUGAUUACCACUCUCGUUGUGGUUGCUUGAAUCCUAC